UUGCUCAGGGCGUUUCUAUGUUAAAACGGCAGUGAAUUUUGCAUAAUAGGUCCGCUUUAAAGCGAGCCCAAAGGGGAGAACUGUGAAUUCGUAACAUGUGCCUUGAUAGGCGAAACGAAGAAACUUCCUGUGUAGCGGAUAAAUGCUUAUGUGGAAAAAAGAAUCUUUCAGAUCGACCGAUGUGAACCAGUCGUUCCGUUUUAUGGCGCGGGCCAAAGUGCCAUGGGUUAACAUUCUGAAAUUUUGUUUCCUCAAAUGUUUGUUUAACACUCGGAGGACCAGAAUGGGACGGAGAGAACAGUCCUUCUUUGGGACCAAGAAAUAACGAGAAUAAAAUCCCAGAUUUAUCAGAUUGUGGGGCACCACCUGAACCGCUCCCUUGUCUAGAAGUGAAGAGAUUUCUUCUUUCAGAAUGUGAGUGGCGCUCUCCUCCAUGUGUGAAGAGAGAACACCGUUGAAAUAUGGGGGUUUCAUUACAAACUGCAGUCUGUAGCCCUGCGUCAUUGUACGCAUCACCCACUCGGGAGCCGAAAAAGUCUGCCAAGCUGACUUGUAACUCGCGAGUGUCCCUACCCGAGCCGAGGGCCGUCAUGUCUUUCACCUCGAGACCCGCAAGACUGUGUUUGAAGUCGUACCUCAUAUGCUUGGCACAAGCGGGAAGGACAGGGAGAAGCUGUUUUCUCAGGCCAUGAGGUGGACCCAGAAGUUUUCCAUCACAGCUGUCCCUCUCCUGGUCGGUGGCACUUUGUAAAGCCGGCCAUUCGAUAUUGAGGAGAGCAGCCGUUCGCUCACAAUAUUCAAAAAGGACGGACUGGGGUAGAGCAGCAGGCACGUGAGCCUGAGGAGCUACAGAAGGCGGGAUGGCCUCCUCAUCUUCAGAGCCUUCGAGAAUGUCCUCAACACAGGAGGAGGACAUUUCAUUUAUUUUAGUUAGGUAGGUUGUAGUAAAAAAGUAGAAAAGUUUUUUAAAAAGUCUAAACAGGCAGCAUUUUUGUGAGGCUGAUCCAACAUUUUUCUUUUCAUCAUUAGCCAACUAUGGUCUCAAGUUCUGUCGUUAUCAGCACAGUUCAAUCAGUCCAAACCAAAGUUGGCAACACUUUACAGUAAGGUUUCAUAACUACAUGGACUAAGUAUAGUUAGUUAAUGCACUGUGAACAUGAAUAAACAAUGAACAGUUGUAUUUUUAUUAACUAAUGCUAACAAAGAACAAAUGUAUUGGUCAUUAUUAUUUGAUGUUAGUUAAUAUAUUAACUAAUGUUAAUGAGACCUCAGGUUAAUGAGACCUGAGGUUUUUGUUUGUAUGACGUGGACUUAUAAAUUCUUAUUCUCUGGGGUCACGUGGAGCCAGCUGAAGCCAUUUAAAUAUUUUGGGCUGUCAAAAUUUAGUACUCAUGGACUUGCAUUAGAUGGAGAAAAAUACAGAGUACUGAGCAAUAGUGAGCAUCAAUAGUAUAAAUGAUCUUUUUGUUUUGUUUUAAAUCAAGGUUACUGUACAUGUGACAGCUCUAAAAAAUUAGUCCCAUAAGCAUGAUGAAGCCAAAUUCCCAUCUUAUUCCUCAUUUCUUCUCAUUUGUUAAUUUCAGUCACACCCAACAGCAUCUCUGACUCUGACUGUGUAUUUAAAGCCGCUGCUCUUCUGGUGUCUCUGCUCUAUCACACAAGAGCAGCUUCACACCAUGUUUGUUCCAGCUCUGCUCAUCUGUAUUGUGCUGAGAGCACUCUGUGCUCAGGCAAAAGUAGCUGAUGACUUUGAGUGUAAAGAAUUUUUCUACAAAAAGACAGAACCGGGGGGAAUGGAUCAGAAAGCUAAGAAAAUCUGCCAGCAUAUGGCAAGCUUUGGCCCUUUUUACGCUACGCUGUACUCGGUUCAUCACAGGAUUCCUCUCUACAGCGCCUAUAAAUUUGACCCUCAAUGCUCUGACGACAGUGGAAGGACAAACAUCUGGCAUUUAGAGCCACAGAUUUCCAAACCUCUAGGGCAUGCGCUAUACUAUAUGGUCCAUGAGACUCAAGAUAAUAAAAACACUUAUAAAGGAAAUCAAGCCAUCAGCGAUGACUACAGCGACACCGGAUACGAUCGCGGACACCUGAACCCCAACAGCUUCCAAUGCAGUGAAGGCCGUACGGCAACGUAUACACUGACCAACGCAGCACCUAUGGAUGCGUGUUUCAAACGUAACCAAUGGAGAAAGUGGGAGAAAAAUUUGAGGAGUUUUUUAAGAGACACGCUUAGUAGUGACAGUGGUGCUGCUACAGCCUUCAUUGUCACAGGUACAGUACCCAAUGCGCAUCUACGGAUACCACAAAAAGAAAUCUCUGAUGACCCUGAAAGGGUGACGGUGCCCUCUCACAUCUGGACAGCUGUCUGUUAUGAACACCGCUUAGAUAACAGAAAGUCUUUCUCCUUCGGCUAUAUAGGGGAAAACAAGCCGGAAGGUGACAUAAGCCUGAUGAGCGUCUCAGACCUGAACAGACAAAUAAAAAAUCUCUAUCGUCAGCACUCAGAAAUUAGCAUUUUUGUGGAUGAUUGUUUUGGUGACAAUAACAAAUUAGAUAAGGUUAAGGCCGAAUUUCAGACAUUAAUCAAUCUGAACCAAGGAGUCCAAAUGAUCUCAGCCAUACAAAACACGUAUCUCGCAGUAAAAAGCAGCAUCGGGAGUGACAGCAUACCUGAAAAUAAAGUCAAGGGUAAGAUGACAUUAAAAUUAGCCUUUGACAGCAUGAGCACUUAUCACAAUGUAGUAGAGAAUCUGAAGGUUUCUAUUGGAAGUGCUUGUCUUAUAACACUAGUAAGGGACAUAUCAGGGGUGUCAGAUGCUGUCGAAUGCCUGCUGGUCCCAGAGAAGCAGAAGACUGCAGCUGAUGGAUCACAGUGCUUGAGCGUCUCAGAAUCUAGUAACAGCUGUCAGUGCAACACAGGAGGUAAAAUUAAGCACUGCUGCUCCACUCCCUGCCUGUACCAGGACAAACUCAAUUCCUACAGGUGUUACUCAGGCCAGACGCUGAUCAAGUGCUCACCCCGGUACUCACUCAUCACGUACAAAGGACAUAGAUGCAAGGAUGAUCACCCAUGUGCCACAUACGGUGGGAACAACUACUGGUGUAGGACCAUCGCUGGCAGCUGGGACUACUGCAGCCCUCCACUGUGGAAAAGUAAAGCUAUAAACGGGAAGUACUGCCGCAACAACCAUGCCUGUGCCAAAUAUGGUUCAGGAUCUACGUGGUGCUACACGGAUAAUAAAGGCAAUUAUGGCUCCUGCUGUACUUCUGAUGACUGCUACUCAGCUCAGAAUGGCCAAACCUGCAGGUCUAAUCAUAAGUGUGGCUACCAUGGUAAAGGUUACCUGUGGUGCUACACGGAUUAUGACAACAACUGGGAUUACUGUUGCAAAUCAUGUGGGUUAUAGUUGGUUUACAAUGUGUGGUAUGAUUAUGACUAAAGCAGGACUUGGCAAAUUUGAUUGUAAUUGUUCUAUGAGCUCUUACUAACCUACAAACUACAUAUCUAACAUAAAAAAAAAAAAAAAAAAAAUGUGCUUCUAAAAUUAAAAGCAGCUUAAAAUAUAUUUUUUCCCCUGAGUAUAUGUAUGCAAAAACAAAAAGCUCAAUAAAAACAUCUAUGAAUCU